AUGAGAGAAAUUAUCCAUUUAUCAACCGGCCAAUGUGGUAACCAAAUCGGCUCGGCCUUUUGGCAAACAAUCUCUGAUGAACACGGAAUCGAUCCCUCUGGAAACUACGUCGGUGAUAACCCACUUCAACUAGAACGCCUUAACGUCUACUACAAUGAGGCUAGCCACAGAAAAUACGUCCCCCGUGCUGUCCUCGUCGACCUCGAACCUGGCACAAUGGAUGCUGUCCGCUCAGGCCCCUUUGGCAACCUUUUCCGCCCUGAUAACUUUGUCUUUGGCCAAUCCUCUGCUGGUAACAACUGGGCAAAGGGUCAUUACACUGAAGGUGCUGAACUCGUCGACCAAGUCCUUGAUGUUAUCCGUCGUGAAGCUGAAGGUUGUGACUCUCUUCAAGGUUUCCAAGUUUCACACUCACUCGGUGGAGGUACUGGUUCAGGUAUGGGAACCCUCCUCAUCUCUAAAAUGCGCGAAGAAUACCCAGACCGUAUGAUGGCUACCUUCUCAGUCGUCCCAUCUCCAAAAGUCUCCGAUACCGUUGUCGAACCCUACAAUGCUACCCUCUCAGUCCACCAACUUGUUGAAAACGCUGAUGAAACCUUCUGUAUCGAUAAUGAAGCCCUUUAUGAUAUUUGCCAAAAAACCCUCAAGCUUCAACACCCUACCCUUCUCGACCUUAACCAACUCGUCUCCGCUGUCAUGUCAGGUAUCACCACUUGUCUCCGUUUCCCUGGACAGCUUAACUCGGAUCUUCGUAAACUCGCUGUUAACCUCGUCCCAUUCCCCCGCUUGCACUUCUUUAUGGUUGGUUAUGCUCCUCUUUCUGCUGCUAGCACUCAGUCCUUCCGCGCUCUUAGUGUCCCAGAACUUACCCAACAAAUCUUUGAUCCUAAAAAUAUGAUGGCUGCCUCUGACCCAAGACACGGCCGUUACCUUACCGUCGCUACCUUUUUCCGUGGUAAAGUUUCUGUCAAAGAAGUUGAGGAUCAAAUGCGUCAAGUCCAACAACGUAAUGCUGAUUUCUUUGUCGAAUGGAUUCCUAACAAUGUUCAAACUGCAAUUUGUAGUAUACCCCCCAAGGAUGCCAAAAUGUCGGCCACCUUUGUUGCAAACUCAACUUCUAUUCAGGAACUUUUCAAGCGUGUUGGUGACCAAUUUUCUGCAAUGUUCCGCAGAAAGGCUUUCCUUCAUUGGUAUACUAAUGAAGGCAUGGAAGAAUCCGAGUUUACAGAGGCUGAGUCUAAUAUGACAGAUCUUGUCAGCGAGUACCAACAGUACCAAGAAGCUACUGUUGAGGAUGAUUACGAAUAUGAGGAUGAAAUGCAGCUUGAGGCUGAGCAGUAA